GGGAUUGCUUCAGUGGCUAAAUGCCUGGGAGCUGAGAAUUGGCACUAAUAUCUCAUGCUCCUGUUUGCCGUGUCAAGGCCACUGCCUAGUGAAGCGGAAUGGGUUAACUGCUUCUGGGCGUCUGUUUCCCAGCAUGCAUAGCUUCAUUGGGGAUCUUGCUUCAGGUGUUACCAGUUUAGCUGAGGCUGAUUGUCAGGAGGUGAUUAACCUAGCCUGAAACAUCAGGCACAGCUGAGAGCACUGGGUGAGCAGCUGUCACUUGGCAGAUGAUACUGAAGCGCAGAGAGGCUGUUCUCGCUGCUGUUCGAGACUGAAGUGGGGUGUGGACUGACUGUCUAGGAGUCCAGUUUGAGAUUUUGUCCCAGGAGCGUCCCUGGCCUCGCCUGGCAUGGAGGACGGUCUCACCAGGCCUGCGAGCCCGGCAGGGCUCUCCUGGUACAUGGCAGCCUCUCAGCUGUUAGGUUUGACUGUGAUCGCCAUGACCGGCGCCUGGAUGGGCCAGUACCGGGGCGGUAUUGCUUGGGAAAGCGUGCUGCAAUUCAACGUCCACCCUCUCUGCAUGGUCAUUGGCAUGGUCUUCCUCCAAGGGGAUGCUCUCCUGGUUUACCGGGUCUUCAGGAACGAGACCAAGCGCUCAGCCAAAAUCCUCCAUGGGCUCCUCCACGCCUUCGCGCUGCUCAUCGCCCUUGUGGGGGUGAUCGCCGUGUUCGAUUACCACAGGAAGAAAGGCUUUGCAGACAUGUACAGCCUGCACAGCUGGUGUGGAAUAGCAGCCUUCAGCCUCUACUUCAUCCAGUGGCUCGUGGGCUUCAGCUUCUUCCUGUUUCCUGGAGCAUCCUUCUCGCUCCGCAGCAGAUACAAACCACAGCACGUCUUCUUCGGCGUCUUCCUCCUCGCUCUCUCCAUCGCCACCUGCCUCCUGGGCAUCAAGGAGCUGCUCCUCUUCAGUAUCCAGGCCACCUACAGCUCGUUCGUGCCUGAAGGGAUCCUGGCCAACGUCCUGGGCCUGCUGCUGAUCGUCUUUGGCCUGGUGAUCGGCUACAUCCUGACGCGGGACGAGUGGAAGCGGCCGCCCCUGGCUGAGGAGCUGGCCCUGUCCAUGGAUUUUAAAACCCUCACUAAGGGGGAGAGCCCCAGCAGCAGCCAGUGAUGGCUCCCUGGCUGGGGAGCUCCCCCCAGAGGCAGGGCGGGGGUGGACGUUGUGGUCGUUGCUCACUCCUGCAUGUACUAGCCCCUCCGGUGUCUGUUGCUGGUGUGUUGGUGUUGCUGUGACCUCUCUGCCACCUGCUGGUUGUUACGCAUACAGCUGGCGCGAGGGCAUCUGCUUUGACCCCCUGUCUGCAGGGGAGCUGUGUGCCAAUGCAGCAGCUCCCAGCCCCAUCCUGGUAAUAGGCAUCAUGUCGCUCUCGGACACUGGGUUGUGCCAUGUUCUCCCACUGAGCCCUUACGCCAUCCAUGGCCACUCCCCUGCCACCCAAAUCAUGGGGGAUGGGCUUUGGAUGUGCCAGGCUCAGGGGCAUUCCCAGCGGGCUGGGCGGGGGUUGGAUCCCUCGCCCCUCAAGCAGGGCGGCAGCAUUUCCAUGUCCCAGCCUGUCUGGCACGUUAGCUCGAGGCCCCCUAACACAUCUAACUCAAGUGUGGACGAAGGGCAGGGCGUGGCUCGCUCCUUCAGUUGCCUGCACUGACUUCUUCUCCCUCCUCGCGUUCACUCAAUGCCAAGCGGUGGGUCUAGCACCACGCUCCACGGCAGCCAAACCCAGUCCUCGAGGACCCUUGUUUUAAACCCGCCCUCACUUGCAUGCAAAGCUUUUGGUGUCUCUCUGGCUAGGGUAUUUUUAAUGAUCACUGGGUAUUUGUGUAGCCCUAACCGGUC